AUGUAUCAGCAGAAUCUUGUGAGAUCAAGAAUGAAGCUUUUGUAUCCAUAUAAAGCUUUGCUGGGAAGACAUGAGACCAUAACCAGAACUUGUAGGUGUAGCAUCUCAUUCAUAUCCACUGUUGGAAUUGAAGUUCAUGCUCAGAUUGAUUCUACAAGCAAGCUGUUUUCAAGUGCAGGUGUAGACUUCAAUGCUGCUGUGAACUCUUUAGUUUCUCCAUUUGAUGCAGCCCAUCCAGGAACUCUUCCUUCAUUGAACAAGUGCUGUGUAAAGGCUGCUGUUCUCACUGCCAAGGCAUUGAACUGCUCUAUCAACAAGACAUCAACAUUUGACCGAAAACACUAUUUCUACUCUGAUCUCCCUGCUGGAUAUCAAAUAACCCAGCAAAGACAGCCCAUAGCAAAGAAUGGGUAUCUUUCCUAUGUGCUUUUGAAUUCUGGCUGUUCAAAAAAAUUGCAUGAGAAGAAAGUUCGAAUCAAGCAGAUUCAGUUAGAGCAGGAUAGUGGAAAGUCACUCCAUGACUUUUCUCGGUCUAUCCCAGUGAGCUUGAUUGAUCUGAAUAGAGCAGGAGUGGGUUUGAUGGAAAUUGUCUUUGAGCCUGACUUGAGAAAUGGAGAUGAAGCAGUGGCUGCAGUGAAAGAACUCAUUGCAAUCCUCAAGAAAAUUGGGACAUGCUCAUGUAAAAUGGAAGAAGGUGCUCUUCGAGUGGAUGUUAAUGUGUCUGUGAGCAGUGCUGUGGAAACUCUUGGUGUGAGAACAGAGGUGAAAAACCUGUGUAGUGUACGUUUUAUGAAGCAGGCUAUUGACUUUGAGAUUCAAAGGCAGUGUUCUCUGUUGGCUAAAGGAGGUAGUGUGGUUAGUGAAACUCGUGCUUUCAGUGCUGAGAAAAAUUGUACUGUGCCUAUGAGAGACAAGGAAGAGAAGCAAGAUUACAGAUUCAUGCCUGAACCUAAUCUUCCUCCACUUCACUUGAGUGAUAACAGUGAUCCAUUGGAACUUCGUGAUAAGUAUUUGAACAUUAAUGAUGUUUGUGGUUUAAUGCCAGAGCUUCCACAACAGACAAGAAAGAAAUUAAUGACUCAGUAUAAUAUCCCACUUCAAGGUGCCUCCCUUCUCGUGUCAAAUGAUUUACUUCUUGAAAAGUUUAUUUUCAUUACUGACACCACCAAGAUUAGUGGGAAGACUUGCAUGGAUUUUCUUGCUCUUCAGUUCCUUGGUGAAGUGAAUCAUGCUGGAAAGGAACUGAGUGAUGUAAGUGUCAGUUGUGAGCAACUGGCACAAGUUCUCAUUCACCUGGAGAGUGGGAUAAUCACUAGGGAAGGUGCUAGUGAGGUGUUAAAGCACAUUCUUUCUGGUGAUGUGCGUUCUGUGCAGGUAAUAAUUGAUGCAGAAAAUCUAAGACAAGUAAUGGAUGAAGGAUUCCUCAGUUGCCUCUGUGAUGAAAUUUUGCAUGAUCAUCCUGAGGCAGUGCUUGCUUACAAGAAAGGCAAAACCAAAGCAUUGAAUUUCUUUAUGGGCCAAAUUCGGCAUCAAACCCACCAUAGAGCAAACAUGAAGUUAGCUAAAAAGCUAUUCCUUGAGAAGUUGAGGGAUGAGUCAAAAUAA